AUAGGGCGUGGGACGCCUGUGCCUGCUCUGUGGGAGGGAGGCCGAUGGGGGACGCAGGGCACGUCACUGUCAGCUGCCUGCACCCACAAAGUCCGCCCAGAGGAAGCACUAGGGCUGGGAACAUGGCGGCGUCCUCCAGCGGCCUGGGUGGCUUUUCCGGACUGGGGAUGGAUGCAGGGGACUUCCUGGCCAGGUACCGGCAGGUGUUGAACAAGCUGAAGAAGCGGUUCCUGCGGAAGCCGAACGUGGCGGAGGCCGGCGAGCAGUUCGCCCAGCUGGGCCGUGAGCUGCGCGCCCAGGAGUGCCUGCCCUACGUGUCCCGCGUGCUGCUGCUGCUGCUCCUGCAGCCGCCGCCCGCCAAGCUGCUCCCGGAGCACGCCCACACCCUGGAGAAGUACUCCUGGGAGGCUUUUGACAGCCAGGGCCAGGAGAGCAGCGGCCAGCUCCCCGAAGACCUCUUCCUGCUGCUCCAGUCCCUCGUCAUGGCCGCCCACGAGAAGGACACGGAAGCCGUCAAGGCGCUGCAGGUGGAGAUGUGGCCGCUGCUGAGCGCCGAGCAGAACCACCUGCUGCACCUCGUGCUGCAAGAAACCAUCUCCCCCUCGGGACAGGGGAUCGGAUGACGCGCAUUAGCCUGGUGACUGCCUGCUGCCAGACCUCAGGCGCCCGCCUCUGCAUUUGGAGGGAAAUAAAAGAUAUUGAUCACCGCCG